AUGAUAUUCAUUGCAUACAAGGCCACUCCAAUGAAAAUGCUCGCCUAUCGGAAACAUCUUUUCGAUAGUUUGAUCUCAAGCGGUUUGUACAGUCUAACUGUCAUCUUAUUCUUCACAUUCUACGGGUUUCAACGAGAAAAUGACACCUCUUUCAACUAUUUCUCCGUGUCUUUGAUCUACUCACUGAAUUUGGGAGUUCCUUUACGGCCAUUGCUGGCUCUUCAAUUUUUAGCCGGAGUGAAUUGUGCUAGGGCGAUCAUUUUCUGCUUCAAAUUCCGAUUUGAAGCGGUUGUCUAUGGAAAGUUAAAAGAUUACUAUUCUUUAUAUCACAAAUAUUUCCUAAAUUCAUUGUUUACUAUACAAUUUCCAAUAAUUGCAGUUUUCAUUUGGACAUCUACCACUCCAACAGAUUUUCAAGUUGUUUUGUGCCAAACCUCUAUCAUCUUCUCAAUGCAUCAAAUCAUCGUUCAACCUCUCACAUCUCAUAUCACCGUUCUUUAUCUAAGCAUAAUCCUUGUGAUUUUGCUGACCUACGCACUUCUUCUCGGUUUUUAUAUCAUCGGCACAUACGUUUUGUUGUAUUUGAGCAAGAAAGUCGCCUUUCAACAAUCAGCCAAAACGCUGAAAGCACAAAAGUUUGCUUUUUGGAUGCUUCUUUUACAGACAGCUUUCUCCCUCUGGCCCGCCGUACUCGCUUCGCUAUUACUAAUUGCUACAUUUUUCAGCCUCUCUUCAGAGGCUUUACCUGCUUUUAACUUCAUCGUUUGGUUUCUAAUCGUUCCUUUUGGUUUUCUAUAUCCUUUUGCGAUUCUACUUACAACAAAACCCUAUCUAAAAUAUGUCAUCAAUUUACUCGCUAGAGGAAUGGAAAAGAAAAUUUCUACAGUUUCUUGGGUCAGUCCAUUAGAUACGAAUGGAAGGCAUCGAUUGUCG